UGAUAAUCCGUCUCCGUCGAUAAAACAAGGAUAGCAUUAGAGGCCUCGGAUAAUUUUAAGCAAAUGAUUACAAGCCAUUUUUAUCAAUGGAUUUAUCAAAGCCAACUGCAGCUUUUCCUGACAUUCGAGUGUCGCUGAUAAGACGCCUUUAUGGUUUCCUGGACGCAGGAGGUUAGAGUAGCGUCCCCAACAACCAACAGAGGGCAGCUUUUCGUCGCCAUGUUGGUUGCCACUAACAACUGCAACACUCCUGUAGCUCGUUACUCGUGUAUCAUUAGGUAGCUCGUCCGCAGCAGCGAGAAGUUUUGCUGGUAACGCAUAAUACAGAGUGGCCAAAAUGGAAGAAGAAAAAGGAUGUGAUUCCCUUGAGCUUAUUCGCAUCAUUGGUUUUAAUGGCACAGUGAAAUGUGGCUUGCAGAUGCACAGAGACAACAAGCACUUACUGUAUCCUUUGGGUUGCAAUAUCAUCAUUGAAGAUGUAAGCACAGGAAAGCCAGAAAAUGUUCUAGCUGCUCACUCAGAUGUAGUAACCUGCCUUGCCAUAGACAACACAGGCAACUACAUUGCUAGUGGUCAGGUUACUUAUAUGGGCUUUAAGGCAGCCAUUGUGCUGUGGGACUAUGAGACUAAAAAGCCAAUCUGUGAGCUUUCUCUCCACAAAGUGAAGAUAGAAGCUCUAGCCUUUACUCUAGACAGCAAGUACUUGAUCUCACUUGGUGGUCGAGAUGAUGGCUCGGUUAUAAUAUGGAAUUUAGCAAAAAAAGAGGCCCUGUGUGGAUCUUCAGCUCAGGUGGAUAGUGCUGGAAUUACACACUGCCUAGCAUCCUCCAGAGCUCUGAAUGAUGUCUUUGUCACAGCUGGAAAUGACACUUUGCGAGUUUGGCAGUUGGAUGCACCAAACAGGAAGAUCAGACCAACAGAUGUUCAGCUGGGUGGAGGAAUCAAGCGAGAAGUGAUCUGCAUUGAAGUGGUGGAUCAUUUAUUUGAACCAGGAUACGUUUUUUGUGGAACCACCUCAGGAGACAUUCUUGGGAUCAACAUGAAGUCAUGCUUCCUUCAAUUUUUGGUGCCACAUAAGGAGAGGUUCAGCCUUGGUGUAUCUGCUUUGUCAUUUAUUGCUGCACAGGACUGUCACACACUGGAAUUCUUGCUUGGUACAGGGGAUGGAUUGCUGGGUCGUUAUGAAAUCAAGAUUUCUCGUGACAAGAAAGACAAAAUUGUAGCUACGCUCAAACACAAAGCUGGUUUGCAGCCAUGGCAAGACGAAAAAAAGUCUGGGCAAAAGAGUGCCAUAAACUCUAUUGCAAAAAGAGGCAAGGGCCACAUGUUCUUUGUUGGAACAGAGAACUCUCAGGUCUACAGAUUCAAUUUUGCUGAACUGAAGGCUGAGCUGAUAAAGACUUGUCACUGGAGUCAAGUCAACGACAUUGCUUUUCCAAAUGGGUUCUCUGAAGUUGUGGUAACAUGUCAGGAAGAAGAAAUAAGGGUGUGGCACCUGACAACGGGCACAGAGCUGAGGCGCUAUACUGUAGCAAACAUGACCUGCAAUGCCUUGUGCAUUGACAAAAGUGGCAAACUGAUUUUCACAGCCUGGAAUGAUGGAAGAGUACGUGUUUUAGGCUUUGGAAAGAAUCCAAAAACUAAACAGUUGGAAAUGGUGGAAAAGUUUGUGAUUCGAGAUGCUCAUAAUAAAGGAGUAACAGCCAUUGCUGUCACAAACUGUGGCACCAAGCUCAUCACUGGUGGAGGAGAGGGGCAGGUACGUGUAUGGAAACUAAGCACAGACCUAGAGACAGGCAUUGCAGCAAGAGCAGACCUGGUGGAAAACAUGAAAGAACAUAAGGGAUCUGUUACAGCCAUUCAGGUUCACCCUGAAGACAAAGAGUGUGUAACUGCAAGUACAGAUGGAUCUACUAUUGUGUGGGACCUUAAUACUUGCUCCAGAAAGCAGAUCUUCCUGGCAAACACUUUAUUUAAAUGUGUUUGCUAUGGUGCCAAAGGCAUCCAUAUACUCACAAGUGGCACUGACCGCAAAGUGGCAUUCUGGGAUAAAACUGAUGGCAUACUGUUGCGGGAACUAGAGGGAUCGAAAGGUGCAAUCAAUGCCAUGGAUAUCAGUUGUGAUGGCACCAUUUAUGUCACUGGUGGCGAGCAGAAGCUUCUUAAGGUGGCAACGUAUGAAGAAGGAACCACCACACAUGUUGGUGUUGGACAUAGUGAAGCCAUCACGAAGGUUCGCAUCUGUCCUACCUUGAAGUAUAUUGUCAGUUGUGGAACAGAUGGGGCUAUACAUGUCUGGAGAUACCCAUACUGACUGAGAAACAAUCAUAUCAGGUCAUUUUCAUCUUAACACAACUUAAAGAUAGAAAUAUGGUCGUCAGGUUGAGGAUGAACAAUCCAUAUGUAAAUAUGAAAGAAUGUGAAUGAAAAGAAAAUGUGUACAUUGAUGGUGACAACAGACUUCAGCCAUUACAUGAUGCACAUAUAAUGUUUAGUUUAAUACAGUGUCCAUUAAAAAAAAAGUGAAGUGAAAGAAAACUUCAGUAUAUUUGGACAAACAGGAAAAAACACGCACACUUGUCAUGAAAAAAAGCCAGGCACUUUUUAGCUUGUUUCACAGGUGACGAUGUACUGUAGCAUGAAUAAUUGACCAAUUAGAGGCAUAAACUUUUGGGUGAAUCUGCAACCUUUUAUGUCCUCAAUUAUUUCUCAAUAUUGUUUUGGAAUAUUAUGUUUUCUGGUGUCAUUUGUCCUACAGAAGUUUGUAAUAUAUCAGAUUCUCAAGUGCAGGUUUCAUUCACGUCGACAUUGUACCACCAUGUUAUCAUAUUUUUGCCACGCUAUUUGUCAUUCGAAGAUUUUUUUUGUAUUUUACACAUCGGUAACCAUUUAUGUUGUAGCUUGAUGAACUUGUAACUCAUGAUUGUGAAACUCAUGUCAACGUAGCAGUAUUUCACUUCAAGUUACUAAGCAUACCAAAAUACAUGCUUUGAAUGAAUUUUGUUGGUAGAAAUAUGUGGUCACAUUAUAUUUAUUUUCAAAAUGACAAUAUUCAACCACCUAUUCUUUUUCUUGGUUAAGGUUAAUAAAUCUGAUCUGCUUGAGAUACCUGUACUGGUCUGCCUCAGAUAUUAAAUUAUAUUUGAAUCUU